UUAUAGCAACUGUUGCCCUGUGAGGCAGCGCCAUAGUCACCGUAGUCCUGGCGACUGUAACCCACCAACAACAACAACCUCUCGUUCCAUCAUUACCACCACACCAUCCUCAUCCUCAUCAACCAGUCCUCAGCCCAGGCGCCAUGCAGACCCCUGAGGCAGGCGCUGAAUCCGCCUCCACUGUCCACACCGCUGUGCCUGUGCAGCCUGCAGGCUCCGCCCAGCAGGUGUCCUCUCAGGCCCAGACUGUUCAACAGGUUCAGCAUGUAUACCCAGCACAACAGGUGCAGUACGUGGAGGAGAACAGUGGCGUCUAUACCAACGGGAACAUACGGACAUACUCGUACUCCGAGCCCCAGCUGUACAGCCAGAACAGUGGAGGGAGCUACUUUGACACGCAGGGCAGCUCAUCCCAGGUGUCCACGGUGGUGUCAUCCCAUGGCAUGGCCAACAACGGAGGGGGGAACGGGGGGCUGACCAUGGGUCUGGCUGGGGGGCAGAUCAUCAGCAGCUCUGGGGCCUACCUCAUCGGGGGCAACACCAUGGAUAACUCUGCCCCCCACCCAGCAGCCCAGACCACCCGAGCCUCCCCGGCCACUGUGAGUAUUGAAAUGGCGAUUGAGACGCUCCAAAAGACUGAAGGUUUAUCCAGUCAGAGAAGCUCACUACUCAACAGCCAUCUGCAGUGGCUCCUGGAUAACUAUGAGACAGCGGAGGGGGUGAGUCUGCCUCGCUCCACCCUCUACAACCACUACCUGCGCCACUGCCAGGAGCAGAAGUUGGACCCGGUCAACGCUGCUUCCUUUGGCAAACUCAUCCGCUCCAUCUUCAUGGGGCUCCGCACGCGUCGCCUGGGCACACGAGGGAACUCGAAGUACCACUACUAUGGGAUCCGGUUGAAGCCGGACUCUCCUCUCAACAGACUGCAGGAGGACAUGCAGUACAUGGCCCUCAGACAGCAGCCUGUCCAACAGAAACAGAGGUUUAAGCCGAUGCAGAAGGUUGAUGGUGUAUCUGGGGAGAACUUCUCAGGCGGAGGCCAGCACACCCCCAGUGCAGCGGAGCAGACUGUCAUCGCACAGAGCCAGCACCACCAGCAGUACCUGGACACAUCGCGGGCCCUGCCAGACUUUGUGGAGCUGGACCUGGGAGAGACCAACGGUGACAACGUCAGCCCAGACGACAUCAAAGCUCUCCAGUCACUCUACAGAGAGCACUGUGAGGCCAUUCUGGAUGUGGUGGUCAACCUCCAGUUCAGUCUAAUAGAGAAGCUGUGGCAGACUUUCUGGCGCUAUUCUCCUUCUGACUCAGUGGAGGGCGCCACCAUCACAGAAAACAGUGGUGUGAGUGAGAUUGAGGUGAAUCUGAUCCAGUAUAUGAGAGUAUGUGUGACUCUUGAACCUGGUCUCCACAGUGGUGAGAGUGAGGUGAAUCUGAUCCAGUAUAUGAGAGUAUGUGUAACUCUUGAACCUGGUCUCCACAGUGGUGUGAGUGAGAUUGAGGGCCGUCUGCCCUGCUGCAGACUGCUGGUGCUCUGUAGGAACGAAGCUGUGCUCAAGUGGAUGAGUUCCUGUGACCACCUGAUGUACCAGGCCCUAGUGGAGAUCCUCAUCCCUGAUGUCCUCAGACCCAUCCCCAGUGCCUUGACUCAAGCCAUCCGCAACUUUGCCAAAAGCCUGGAAGGCUGGCUCAACAAUGCCAUGAACACCAUUCCACAGAGAAUGAUCCAGACCAAGGUUGCCGCUGUUAGUGCCUUUGCUCAGACGCUGCGUCGCUACACUAGUCUGAACCACCUGGCCCAGGCAGCACGCGCCGUGCUGCAGAACACCUCCCAGAUCAAUCAGAUGCUCAGUGAUCUCAACCGCGUCGACUUCGCCAACGUGCAGGAGCAGGCGUCGUGGGUGUGUCAGUGUGAGGAGGGUGUGGUUCAGAGGUUAGAGCAGGACUUCAAGGCCACUCUGCAGCAGCAGAGCUCUCUGGAGCAGUGGGCUGCCUGGCUGGACAACGUGGUCACCCAGGUCCUACAGCCCUUCGAGGACAGGCCCAGCUUCCCCAGGGCGGCACGACAGUUCCUGCUCAAGUGGUCCUUCUACAGCUCCAUGGUGAUUCGGGACCUGACCCUGCGCAGCGCGGCCAGUUUUGGCUCGUUCCACCUGAUCCGCCUGCUCUACGACGAGUACAUGUUCUACCUGGUGGAACACCGCGUCGCCCAGGCAACCGGUCAGACACCUAUCAGUGUCAUGGGAGAAUUCGAUGACCUCAACGCCAUGUCACCUGCUAACAUAGAUAAAGACGAGGUGAGUGAGAUGGACAGUGACCUGGAGGAGGACAUGGAGGAGUCCGGGGAGCCGCUGGCCAAGCGGGAGAAAGCUGAGGUGGAACAUGAGCACCAGGUGAUCCAGGUGAUUCAGGUGGGGGCUCUGGAGGACGGCAGUAACCCCGUGGUGGGGGUGCUCCAGCCGGGCAUCCUGAACUCCCUGCCCCAGCCCCCCCAGAACCAUGCUGAGCACAUCCUCACCACCUCCGCCGCCACCACCACCAUCCGCCACUGCAGUGCCACCGGCAACACCUACGCCUCCGUCUGAGAGGGAGAUGACCCCCCCCCCCCCCCCCCCCCGGGCAACCUCUCUCCUCUCUGUCUCUCGCUGUCACGCACGUCUGCACUGUCCCCUCUGUCGUACGCUGUGUUUUCUCUGCACUCGUCUAGACACACUCCUCCCCCCCUCCAUCCUGACCAGUAAGGGAGUGUGAAAAACAUCACGACCACAGCUGGCGUCACACAAGCAGUGGAUGGAUGAGUAGAGCUAGACGGGAAUGUGGAUCUGCUGGGGAGAGUCAUGUGGACGGGCUGUCUCUGUCUGUAAUGUGGCUGUCCUCUGGGUCAGGGAGGGGGAUUGGGAGGUGGGGGGUUGUACAGGUGUGAGACACUGGCUGACCCUACUGUAGCUGUGUAGAAGGGAAGGUGUCCUUACUUAGAGAUUCACAUAUUUCCUGAUGUUUAAAAGCUCAAAUCCAAGCCACCAGCCCCAGAAGAACAACUGCAUUGAUUGACAGAAAACACUUGGUUCUCUCUUAGAUUGGCUUGUUUAGUAUAUAUCUAAACAACCACACAGGUGCUAUUCUCUUACACUACCAGAUGUUCAGACAGAAUUCAGUUGAAUGACAUAGUAUUUUUUUAAAGUCAUGAGUCUUUCGAAGCAUUGUUGAGAUAUGACAUUUGGUGGAUUAUGAUUGCUUAUUGCUUGUAAUGUGUUGUUUGGCAUCCUAUGAUUUAUUGAAUAGUGUAUAAUUGUAGCCAUGAUCCCCUGAUAAGCACUAAUGGCUUUUAUCCAUGAAGUUAGUUCUGCCCAUGAAGGAAGACAUUCUGUUAUUUAUGCUGUUUACUGUGUAGAGACAGAGAGACGAGGUUAAACAGACAAGCUGUAGUACACCACUUCUACAACACUGGCUUUUCUACACAUUUCAUGCAUAGGUUGGGGUGUGCUUGACUUAUGGCCUUGGUUUGGUUGGGUUUAGAUGCUCGAUAGUGUGACAAAAUUACAUUAGUUGGACUUAUUAUCUACUGAUAUGUUCUCAGUACAGUAGGUGUGUUUUUUUGUAGGUUUCUUGAGUUCUGAAUGGACCAAAAACCAACCAACCAGAGGAAACUGGCAGAGCGAAAGAGAGCCAUCAUGGCCGCCACAGUUACCACGGCGAGGGUGCUGCGUGUUCUGUUUCCUGUCCCAACAGUGCCGUGUUGCAGAGCAGAGUGAAUGUCAGGGAUUCUAUGUACCUCGGCUUCAUCAUAGUGCCUUAAUAACCCUUACUGCAGCUGUCCAUGUAGUCCUGACUGAUUGUGUGGUUGAGGGAAAGGAUAGCACACACACACACACAGAGACACACACACACACACACACACAGAGACACACACAGCUCCUCUGCGUUACUGUCCCAGCAACAACUUUGUGUCUCUGGUGACUUGUGGCUGGAUUUGGGCUGGCUCAUCAGUGUUACUGCAGGGCUGGAGAAAUGCAGGUUCAGAGGUGCUUGUUUUGUUCUCUGUGCUGGUUCUAUGAAAUGUUUUGUUUUGUUUGUACCUGCUCUCACUCUUUCCACACUCGAGGCCUGCUCCUGCUUUGGCCUCUGCUAUUGGGUGAAGUGUGUGUGCAUGUGCAGAUGGGAGGACUUGAUUGAGAUGUUGAUUGUGUGUGUAUGAAUGAGUCUGAACAUGUGUUUGAGCACACCCACUAGUCACCCUACCUCACACCAGUGUUGCCAGCCCGUUGACACGUACAGCACAGUCACCAAACUUGUUCUGACAUACUAACCGUAUUACUCCUUCAACGCUGCACACUAACAUUAUACAUGCCUGUUACACCACACACAACUAAAAUACACAGUCAUUUCAGCCCCUUCAGUUCUUAGUCCACAACGUCAUCACCCCUUAUUAUCUCCCUUCUAAAGUGCAUAUUUGUAUAGUGGACCAAAAGUAGAUAUUUUCUGAUAUUUAAAGAUAUAUAUAUAUAUAUAUAUAUAAGGAUGAUACAAUGUAUUCAUUUUGUUUGUUUUGUUUUCAUGUGGUUGAUCUGAUUGUCAUCUGUGAUUGUUUCUUUUGUAGCUCUUCUGUGAUUGGUUGAUUGACUGUGAAAUGGGUGGGGGCAUGGGGACCAGCUUCUCUGAUGACACUGGAUACACAUUUUGUACUUGAACUGUUAUUGAUAGCUUUUAGGAAAUGGAGAACACACAGGAACAAUGUGUUGAACUGGAAGAAUCUUGUUGUUGAUACUACUGAAGUUACCUUUCUGUUUUUUAACUCUCAUCUGGAGAACUGUCUGCACCAAUGCUUUGCCUCGACUUCAUUUAUUAGUAUUCAUAGUGCUUUUGUUUUACUAUUUGAGAAAUUAUUCUUAAGUUAUGCACAUGUAUCCAUGCGUAAACCAGUCUUGAAAAUGGAAUUAUAACUUCUGAGAAACAAAAUGUACCUGCAAAAGGACUGGAAUUGUGUUUUCAGUGGAAGUGGAUUUAUUUGAUAAACUACAUUUUCUUUACAGGUAUAUGAGAAAGGACAAGUAGAAUUAUAUUGCCUUUCAUUAGUUUUCGCGGAAGAUGAAGUGCGUUCACUUUAAACUGAAGGUCAUCGACCUUGCUUACAGGUAACUGAAGGUCAUCGACCUUGCUUACAGGUAACUGAAGGCCUUUGGGCAUUUGUUUACAUGCCAAACUCUGACCUCACAGAAAUGACAAGAUCUUUCUUAAUGACUGUACUGUCACCCAACAUGCUGUUAGAUAUGGCUCUUGGACUUUGACCUUUUUGUCAUGAAAAUACUGAAGAUGUUAAGAUUAAAUGUGUAUUCAUUUGUGCCUGGAGUGCAAACGGCUUACAGAUGUGCUUUAGAAUCUUGAAAGUGCUUUUUUUGGUCUUGCAUGCCUUUUUUGUGCUGCUAGAAUCUGUUGGUUUAUCUCAUUUUUUUUUUUAAUAUGUGCCAGACAGUAAAUGCUGUAUUCACUCUGUAACCUCAUCAAACCUGCCUGUUUUAACAUCAAUUGUGUUUUAUUCAUAGUUGACCAUUCACAAAAAGUCAUACAUUUAUAUUUGUUUAAGAUUGAAAAUAUUAGGGCCUUCCUUUUUGGUUCCUUGAUAAUUGAGCCCAUUUCCAACGUUAAAGGUUAGAUCCAGCAACUACAACAAGAAACUGAAAAGGAAAAUAUCUUGACAUCCUGCAAAACAUAUCAGCUACUCUCAAACUAUGUCAGUUGGGAGGGGUGAGAAUACGGCAGCUUCACUGAUCCACGAGACCCAGUGCCUUUGAUUUUGCCCAGGGCAGGGGGGCCUACGUCUCUGGUCUGACUCCAUGGUUCCAGAUACAGGCUCUUUAGACAGGCGUUUUAUGGUAGUGAGGUGAAAAUGGCUGCUCACAGUGAGAGGAGGAUAUGGGCCUGAGGGAUCGUACACUUCUACCCUUGAUCCUGAUCUCAUCCAAACUAUGAGUACUGGUCAACUAUUACUGACCAAUGACCACACAGGACAGUUUACAAUGGAUGGAGCUUGCUCCAGAUAUUUUCUGUUGGACUGCGCAUUAGGAGAGAACUACUAUUGUAUAGAUUUACUGUAUCACUAAACUAACAAAGAUUGGAGUAUAACUGGACUGGGAUAUUUGCCAAUAGCAACACUGUACUAUGACUUUCAUUGUUGUCACGAUCAUUUCCUUUCGUUGUAUGAUAUUCACUGAUUGCUGUAUGUUUGCUUUAUUCAGUAUGAUUUGGAAUAUUUUCCUGUUCUGUUUUAAGUGCCAUUUGACAGUCUAGUGAGUUGUGGCCCGCUGUAGCACGCUCUAAUGCAAGCACACGCAUUUGGCAGUGGAUUUAUGGGGAAACCUUUUAGUUGAAAACUCCCCAGAUGUAACCAAGAUGUAAAUAUAGACAAAAUGGGAAGAAAUGAUAUUUAUUUACUGUCUCCUUAAAUAUUUGUUUUGUUCUUUUUGGAUGUUUUAUUUCAGCCAAAAAAACAUUGAUUUCUCUUUUUCCUCGUUUUGGAUAAUGUAUUGUAUUCAUAUACAGGUAGCUGCCACGAUAAUGUUAACACUUCAGUAAAUGAGGGAUACAAAGUAUGUUAAAUAAGUAGGUGGUUCUACAAAGGUGUGGUUCCUGAAUUAAUUCAAAUUAAGCAAUGAACAUCCCACCAUGCUUAGGGUCAUGUAUAAAAAUGCUGGGCAGGCCCUUGUUUUGGCUAGCAUGGCUGUGCCCCUAUCCACAGGGCAUGAGUGGUCACCUGAAUGGUUUUGAUGAGCAUGAAACAAUGUAAACCCUAUGCCAUGGCUGUCUGUCACCAGAUCUCAACUCAAAUGAACACUUGUGGGAGAUUCUGGAGCCGUGCCUGAGACAGAACACCAAAUGAUGGAAUUUCUCAUGGAAGGAUAGUGUUGCAUCACUCCGAUAGAGUUCCAGACACUUGUAGAAUCUACAGUGUUUUCAGAAAGUAUUCACACCCCUGAUUCUUUUUGAAAUGUUUUUGUGUUACAGCCUGAGUUUAAAAUGGAUUAAAUUGAGAUUUUCUAGGGAGGUUUUCCAAUUCCUCACAAAGAUGGGCACCUUUUGAAGUAAUUAACUCACCAUCAGGCCAAUGGUGACUUUAAAACAGUUAGAUUGAUGGAUCAACAACAUUGUAGUUACUCCACAAUACUAACCUAAUUGACAGUGAAAAGAAGGAAGCCUGUACAGAUUAAAAAAUAAUGCUGCAAAAAAUGUGGCAAAGCGAUGAACUUUUUGUCCUGAAUACAAUGUUAUGUUUGGGGCAAAUACAACACAUUACUGAGUACCACUCAUCUAAUUUUCAAGCAUAGUGGUGGCUGCAUCAUGUUAUGGGUAUGCUUGUAAUCGUUAAGGACUGGGGAGUUUUUCAGGAUAAAUAGGAACGGAAUGGAGCUAAGCAUAGGCAAAGUCCUAUCAUAUGUUUGUUGUGUAGUAAAUAUUUCAGCUUUUAUUUUCAUUAGUUUUUUUCCUGUAAAGCACAUUGUGUUACAUUCCAUGUCUGAAAUGUGCUGUGUAUAAAUAAAGCUUGAUAUAUGAUUUGAUUAGAGGAAAACCUGGUUCAGUCUGCUUUCCCCCAGACACUGGGAGAUAAAUUCACAUUUCAGUAAGACAAUAAACCUAAACACAGGCCAAAUCUUCACUGGAGUUGCUUACCAAGAAGACAGUGAAUGUUCCUGAAUGGCUGAGUUACAGUGUUGACUUACAUCUAUGGCAAGAUCUGAAAAUGGUUGACAAGCAAUGAUCAACAACCAAUUUGACAGAGCUUGAAGACUUUUUUUAAAGCAUAAUGGGCAAAUGUUGCACAAUCCAGGUGUGCAAAGCUCUUAAGAGACUUACCCAGAAAGACUCAUCUGUAAUCGCUGCCAAAGGUUUUCUGUGUUGACUCAGGUGGUUGAAAACUUCUCAAGAUAUGUUUUAUUUUUGUAAACAUUUUUUAUUUUUACAAAUGUUUGAUUUUUUCUUACGCUUUGACAGACUAUUUUGUGUAGAUUAACAAAACAUGACAAAUCCAUUCUAAUCCCACUUUGUAACAACAUUGUAGAGAAAGCCAAGGGGUGUGAAUACUUUCUGAAGGCACUGUAUGCCAAGGUGUAUUGAAGCUGUUCUGGCCCAAUGCCCUAUUAAGACACUAUGUUAAUGUUUCCUUUAUUUUGGCAGUUACCUGUGUAUACAUACUGUACAUCUCAAGUGACUUUCUUUUUGUGUGUUGUUUCAAGUUACCUCUUAGCUAGUAUAUUAUAUCUUCUUAAAUUGGCAAGAGCUAACCAAUAAGUGUAGGGUGAUUUGUAUUGUGUAUUUUACAUAAAAGAUGAGGAAAACUGGGAAACUUUUAUAUUUAUAAAGGCAUAUAUAUUAACAUUUAGUUUGUCGUAAUGAUGAAAAUAUAGGAACUAUUAAAGACACGUAGUUUGGUUUUCUGAAUAUUUCAGACUUGAGCUCAGGCUAGCUUAGUGUUGUUUUCUUAAAAUUUGUGGCUUGUCUUUUAAAUUAAUAAACUUUUUCUUGUUGAAAAU